AUGGCGUCUCUCUGUAAUAAAGCCCCUUCUGUAUCUGCAGUUUUCUCCCUCUACACAUCAUUUUCUGCAAUCAUGAUGCUUUUCCGUACAAUCUUCAACGACAUUGUGCCUAAGCGAAUCCAAGAUUACAUUACUGGGAAAGUUGUAGACUUCGUCUUCUCAUCUUACCUUCCAUCGAUUUUCACGUUUUUAAUCGAGGAAGAGUGUGACUUUUUCAAGAACACAACUUUCCAUGCGGCCGAAGUCUACUUACCAACGCUUCUAUCUAGACUCUCCAGCGGAAAACUCAUUGUGGGUUCGAGUAAUCUAAAGAAUCCAGAGGCUCAGCCGAAACUAGGGAUCCCUAUAGAUACCAAAAUAAACGACGAGUUUGAAGGGAUUCAUCUUGAGUGGACUUUACAUUCUGUUGAAACUAAAAAUUUUCCCAACAGGAAACGGUUCUUUCAUCUGACAUGUGAGAAGGAGUUAUGUAAGAAGAUAAUGACAGAAUACUUCACCUACUUGGCUAAAACGGCUGACAAUAUACUACGCCAAUGCGAGAGUCUCAAAAUCUACACUUACAACAGGCAAUAUUCGUGCUGGUUGUCCACCAUUUUCGAGCACCACAUGACCUUCGAUACCCUAGCCAUUGAGUCGCACCUAAAGACCAGCAUACUCGAUGAUCUUGAUGCUUUCUCUCAAGGAAAAGACUUCUACAAAAGCGUGGGACGUACCUGGAAACGUGGAUAUCUUCUUUACGGUCCAUCGGGUACCGGAAAAACCUCUAUGGUGGCUGCAAUUGCUAACUACAUGAAGUACGAUAUCUAUGAUAUCCAGCUUCAAAGCGUUAAGGAUGAUGGUGAGUUGCAGAGGAUUCUCACCUCUAUCCAGAACCGGUCAAUUUUUCUCAUUGAAGACAUUGAUUGUGUAUAUGAUGCUUCUAGACAGGUGUCUUUGUCUGGAGAAGAAAGAAUCAUAAUUUUCACAACAAACCACAAGGAGAAGCUCGAUCCAGCGUUGCUGAGGCCAGGAAGAAUGGACAUUCACAUUCACAUGGAUUAUUGCACACCCUAUGUGCUCAAGAAGCUUGUCGCUUUGUACCUCAAGAUUGAUGAUCAUGCCCUGUUUGGUCCCAUUAAGAAGCUCGUCCUUAAAGUGAGUGCAACUCCGGCUGAAGUCACGCAGCAGCUCAUUGUGACUAAGAAUGCCAAUAUUGCACUCAAGGAUCUCCUCCGCUUAUUAGAAACCAAGACGUGA